AAAGAGUGUACAUAAAGGAAAGUGCGCAACAAAUACAAACCCUAGGUAGCUCUGUUAUCCCCAAAACAAAACAAAAAUUUUGUGUUAUCCAUCUCACUUGUAAUGGCGAAUCUGAACGGCGAUGAUGAUCUCAAAAACGUGAAGAAGCCCGUGUUUCUCACUAAAGCUCAACGCGAGCAGUUGGCUCUUCAACGCCGCCAAGACGAAGUCGCUGACCAGAAGCGUCAAUUGCCUCCUCCACCUCAGCAACAACACUCUGAUCGAGAUUACAACAACAGCGGCAACAACUCCUCUUCCAGGCAUCACCGUUACGACAGAGAUCGGGAGAGAGAUCGAGAUAGGGAGAGGGAUAGGGAGAGAGAUAGAGAUCGCGAGAGAGAGAGAGAUAGGGAGCAUAAGGAGAGGGAGAGAUUGAGAGAGGCUAAGUUAGCGGAGAGAGAGAAGGAGAAGGAGUUGGAGGCGAUUAAGGAGCAGUAUUUGGGGUCUAAGAAGCCGAAGAAGAGAGUGAUUAAGCCGAGUGAGAAGUUUAGGUUUUCGUUUGAUUGGGAGAAUACGGAGGAUACGUCGAGAGAUAUGAAUUCGUUGUAUCAGAAUCCGCAUGAGGCAAGGCUUUUGUUUGGGAGGGGGUUUAGGGCUGGGAUGGAUAGAAGGGAGCAGAAGAAGCUUGCGGCGAAAAAUGAGAAGGAGUUGAGGGAUGAGAUUAGGAAGAAGGAAGGUGUUGAGGAGAAUGCGGAUGAGAUUGAGGCGCGGAGGUUAAAGGAUCAGGCUGCCGAGUUGUAUGACACAUUUGAUAUGAGAGUCGAUAGGCAUUGGUCCGAUAAGUUGCUUGAUGAAAUGACCGAGAGGGAUUGGAGGAUUUUUAGGGAGGAUUUUAAUAUUUCGUAUAAGGGUUCAAGGAUUCCCAGGCCUAUGAGGAGUUGGGUGGAAAGUAAGUUGAGUUCGGAGUUGUUGAAGGCUGUGGAUAGAGCUGGGUAUAAGACGCCCUCGCCUAUUCAGAUGGCAGCCAUUCCUCUUGGUUUACAACAGCGGGAUGUUAUUGGUGUUGCUGAGACUGGUUCGGGGAAGACUGCUGCUUUUGUUCUUCCUAUGCUUACUUAUAUAACUAGGUUGCCUCCAAUCACUGAAGAGAAUGAGGCUGAGGGUCCAUAUGCGGUUGUGAUGGCUCCCACUCGAGAACUUGCUCAGCAGAUUGAGGAUGAAACUGUUAAAUUUGCUCAUUAUCUGGGGAUUAAAGUUGUUUCCAUUGUCGGUGGUCAGUCUAUUGAGGAACAAGGGUUUAAGAUUAGGCAAGGUUGUGAGGUUGUCAUUGCUACUCCUGGGCGUCUUAUUGAUUGUUUGGAAAGGCGAUAUGCUGUUUUAAAUCAGUGCAAUUAUGUUGUUCUUGAUGAGGCUGAUCGGAUGAUUGAUAUGGGUUUCGAACCUCAAGUUGUAGGAGUUUUGGAUGCAAUGCCUUCCAGCAAUUUUAAACCAGAGAACGAAGAUGAGGAGCUUGAUGAUAAGAAGAUUUACCGCACAACUUACAUGUUUAGUGCUACCAUGCCACCUGCUGUUGAGCGCCUUGCUAGGAAGUACCUGAGGAAUCCUGUUGUUGUUACUAUUGGUACUGCAGGAAAGGCAACUGACCUUAUUACUCAGCAUGUUAUUAUGGUUAAGGAAUCCGAGAAAAUGUAUAGGUUGCAGAAACUACUUGACGAACUUGGUGACAAGACUGCUAUUGUCUUUAUAAACACUAAGAAGUCAGCUGAUUCGCUUUCCAAGGGCUUGGAUAAGGCCGGAUAUCGGGUAACGACUCUACAUGGUGGAAAGUCCCAAGACCAGAGAGAAAUUAGCUUAGAUGGUUUUAGGGCCAAGAGAUUCAAUGUUUUAGUGGCCACUGAUGUAGCAGGACGAGGUAUUGAUAUACCUGAUGUGGCACACGUGAUUAACUACGAUAUGCCUGGUAAUAUUGAAAUGUAUACACAUCGUAUCGGACGUACUGGGCGUGCAGGGAAGACGGGUAUAGCCACAACGUUCUUGACUUUGCAUGACACUGAGGUCUUUUAUGACCUCAAGCAGAUGCUUAUUCAGAGUAACAGUCCCGUGCCACCGGAGUUGUCUAGACAUGAGGCUUCGAAAUUCAAGCCUGGUUCCGUUCCCGACAGACCUCCUAGACGCAAUGAUACGGUUUUUGCUCAUUGAGACAGUGCUGUACUUUGUGUUGAAAUUCCAAAAGCUCAAGAAUAUCUGUGGCAACAGGCAAGUAGCUAUCAAAGUUAAGAUGUGGUCAAAUUUCUGCUGAGUUAUGUUCGAAGAAGAUGUUAUCUGUCGAGAGACUUGCCAGAGUUGGGUUUGAAGCUAAGGGGCCAGCAUAUAACAGUUCAGCGGAGGUAUUAUGGUGGAUUGAGUUAGAUUUUGAGUACCUGAGGGCAGGGAUUUGGGUUUGAAGUAGAGUAUGUUUAACAUUUUUAUCCCAAACAAUUUUUGAACCCUGAUUUUUAUUAGAGAAAAGUAUUGAAAACCCAAUGUUGGAAAUGGAAAAAGUUAAUUACCGCAA